AUGGCAGAAGAACCUCCAGCAGCUCCCCCGGCGGCCAAAGCCCCGAAGGCCGUGAAGGCGGCGAAACCGGUCAAGGCGGUGAAGGCCGUGAAGGCUGUUAAUGCCACGAAGGCCCCCAAAUCACCGAAGAAGGUGGCCCGCUCCGUGGGACCAUCCCUCCAGAAGCUGAUUACCGAAGCCGUGACCGAAUCCAAGGAACGAAAAGGGAUCUCUCUCCCCGGCAUCAAGAAGGCGCUGUCCGCCGAAGGCAUCGACGUGGUGAAGGUCAGGGGUCGCAGCAUCACCGCGGUGAAUAAACUGGUGGCUGAGAAACUGACCCAGGCUACCGGGUCAGGGGCUUCCGGCUCCUUCAAGAUCACCAAGACGGCGCCCAAAGCCAAGCCGGAGACGAAAGUGGCGAAGAAGAGCGUCAAAGCCGUUAAACCCGCUGCCAAGACGCCUGUGAAGACCGUGAAGAGAGCGGUGAAGAAGUGCCCAAAGAAGGCCGUCAAGAAGCCGGCAGCCAAGCCUGCUACCCCCAAGAAAACCACCCCCAAGAAAACUACCCCGAAAAAAGUGACCCCGAAAAAAGCCGCCAAGCCCGCGAAGAAGGCUCCGGCCAAGAGAGCUGCAGCGAAGAGGAAGUGAAGCGGCUCUUGGA